AGGCAGUGCAGACUGACUGAUGCGGGGCUGUUUGUCACGCAGGGGGCGGAAACUGUCACGUCCACGCGUUACAUAAAAGGUGAAAGACUCGGGCUGAGCUGUGACCACCACAGAAGAAGCUCACUUCGUCUCCACACGAAAGAUGGCGGCUUCCCUGCUGAGGAUUGGACGGCUCGGUUGUGUCAAGUGUCUGCAGGCUGGCAGUUGGAGCACUGUGAGCAGAGCGCCAGCAGCUGCCGCCCUCAGCACAAAGUCCGGGGGAUCCAAGAAGUCUUCGAAAAAGGACAGAGCAGAAAAGCACCAGGCUAAAACGUACUUCGAUAUAGAGAAACUUGUCCAGCACAAGCAAUAUGAGCUCCCCAAGAAGGAAGUUUCUCCAGCAGCAGUCGCUGCAGCAGCAGAAGCUGCAGCUAAACCAGUUGCAGAGCCCACACCCUCUGCUUCUGCACCUGAGGCUGUAGCGGUCCCCCCAGCGGUUGAAGCCACCCCGACUUCUGAACCCGCUUCAUCAGCUGACGCCACACCUGCUGUUGAAGCGGUCUCUGAAUCUGCUGUUGAAGCUGCACCGGUGGUUGAGGCUGUCACCGAGGUUGUAGCUGAAGUGGUUGCUGAGGCAGUACCAGCGGUUGAGGUUGUUGCAGAAGCUGCAGCAUCUAUAGCUGAAGCCGCUGCCCAAGUGAGUGAAGCUCCUGCUGAAGCUGCUGCAGCCCCAGAUCCUGCAGCUGAAGCCUCUGCUGUUGAAGCUGCCCCAGCCCCUGAAGCUGCUCCAGCAGAACCUCCUGUUGAAGCAGCUGCUGAGGCCACACCUGUUGCUGAAGUUCCUGUUGAGGCUGCUCCUGAAGCCCCUGCUGCAGAAGCUGCACCAGUUGUGGAAGCUGUCCCUGAAGUUGUCUCUGCUGAAGCUCUUCCAGAAGCGACUCCAGAGCCCGUGGCCGAAGCUGCCCCUGUAGAAGCUGAAACUGCCCCCGCAGAAGCCGAAGCUGCCCCUGCAGAAGUGACUCCAGAGCCCGUGGCCGAAGCUGCCCCUGCAGAAGCUGAAACUGCCCCCGCAGAAGCCGAAGCUGCCCCCGCAGAAGCGACUCCAGAGCCCGUGGCUGAAGCUGCCCCCGCAGAAGCGACUCCAGAGCCCGUGGCUGAAGCUGCCCCCGCAGAAGUGGCUGCGGAGGGUAUCGAGGAGCUGGUGGAUCCCGCUCCAGUCGUAGCUGAAGCUGCAGGAGAGGAGCUGCAGGCAGAGGCCCCAGCUGAACCCGUUGAAGCACCUGAGGUUCAAUUGGACCCAAUUCAGAAGCUCUUUGUGGACUCCAUACGACAGUACUCCACCAGAAGCCAGGCUACUGGAGGGCUAGUCGAUGCAGGGUCAGAGUAUGAAAAGGCCUUGGCAGACGAGAUAUCAAAGCUUCAGAGACUCUAUGGCGGAGGAGACCUCACAUCUUUCCCAGAGUUCAAAUUCACAGAGCCCACGCUGGAUGAAGUUUCCCAGAAGUGAACAUGAGCGCUUUGCUGUUGGAGUUUUUGUCACCUUUUUCCUGAACACCUGUGCUCUGUGGCGUGAGCAGCCUGCUCAGCGUCAGAGUUACGAACUGACCCUUUAGCUUCGUGUGUGACAGUAGAGCCUGUUUACCUGAAUGAUGUGCUUUUUUCUGGGCAGACGCUGUGAAAUAAGCUUCAUGUAGAUGAUAGCUGGGCUGAAUGUAGAAGAAGAAAAACAAUAAAGGCCAGUUCAUA